UGUAAGGCGACCUGAGUUGACAGAAGCCUCUACCCACAGCAGCGGCGGAGCAAGUACUGCUAGCUGGCUAGUUGGUUAGCAACAUACAUGUGGUGGGUACAGCGAGAGUCAACCAUAGCCCAAAGUUAGCACAAAUUCUCUGUUCGGAUUGAAAAAUACUGUCGACGUCGCCUGUGUCUUCAACUACAAACGAGUUCCGUUCAACAUGAAAGGUAGCCGGAUCGAGCUGGGGGAUGUUACCCCCCACAACAUUAAACAGCUCAAGCGUCUAAACCAAGUCAUCUUCCCUGUCAGUUACAACGACAAGUUCUACAAAGACGUACUAGAAGUUGGAGAGCUUGCUAAGCUAGCAUACUUCAAUGACAUCGCUGUUGGGGCAGUGUGCUGUAGGGUGGACCAUUCCCAAAACCAGAAAAGACUGUACAUCAUGACACUUGGCUGUCUAGCACCCUACCGUAGACUGGGCAUAGGAACAAAGAUGCUGAACCAUGUGUUGAACAUUUGCGAGAAGGAUGGCACUUUUGACAACAUUUACCUUCAUGUGCAGAUCAGCAACGAGUCUGCAAUUGACUUCUACCAGAAAUUUGGCUUUGAGAUCAUUGAAACAAAAAAGAACUAUUACAAGAGGAUAGAGCCAGCAGAUGCCCAUGUCCUCCAGAAGAGCCUGCGUAGCCCAUGUGCACCCCCGGCAGGAGAGUUGCACAAGGCUGAGUAGCGACUGAAGCGUGCUACAGCAAUUCGUCCCGGUCCGCACUCCUAAAAUGGAACUGUGACAGAUGCCCCAGGGUCUAUAGAUACACCACUUUUUCAGAGGGCAAUUUAAAGAGAAAACGAGUCCAUAAAAAUUGCUGCCUUUUAUUUUGCAAAAAAUAUAUAAAACAAACAAAAACUAAGUCCCCAUCAGUUUUGCAUUUUUUUUUUCUUCUUUUUUUUCCCCAUUUAGAGAUUUGAAAUUGAACAUGAGGUUUUUACUUUUCUUUUCAGGCAGAAUAAAUACAUGCUCCAUAAAGCAGCUUACUUGUUACCAGUAGACAUGGUGAAGGUUAAGUAUGUAAGCAUACUGUUUGCAUUUUGUUUAAAAUUGUUAAAGGCAAGGGGACAUGACUUUUGUUGUUUGGACAAGACCAUAGAACUAAAAAGAGGGGAGAUUCUUUUAAAUAGAACAUUUUCUGAAGAGAGAUGGUCCUAGCUUGCGGCCUUGGUGUCAUGCUAUGGAUCGUCUUGGUGACUUUUGGAACUUCCGUCACCUCACCACCUAAGCCCAAGGACACGUGGAAAAGGAACCCUCCUGGUGGUUGAGGCAUGUUUCAUUUUACAGGCAGUAUGCAGUGGAGGAGUACUGCAUAUGAUGUCAGUCUCCUUCCAGUCUGCCCAUCCUCGAGGGCAAUAGGAUCAUAUAGCCUCCUCAAACAAAAGACAACAAGGUAAAAUGGUUUCAGAAGGUGAGAUUGGGGAAAUGCACUCCACUCUCAUUUCUGAAUGGUUUUUGUUUCUCUGCCCAUUAUUUAAUAUCCCCCACCCCUCACCACCAUAAUUGCCGAUUGGUUCAUGGCUUUCCCUGGGGUGCUGAUAAUUAGGAAAAGGCUUGUGAAUAUCACUUCUACAGAAGAGAUUUACUGUUGGUUACCCCAGAGUCUGGGACCCUGUUUCCAUAUAUGUCCCAGCAUAGACACAUGUUUUGCCACAAGCUCACAUUCCAUGAACGGUCAUUUUAAUAGGCUUCAUUGACUAAAUACUAUUUGGAUGUACACAUCCUUUUCUGCUCUUGUGGUUGAAUUGCUUUAAACUCUGGCAAAAUAGGAAUUUAAAAGACAUUUUUGCUGUAGGCUGUCAAUAGACAAUUCCAGUAUCUCUUUCAGAUUCUGCAGAAUAGCCAUCCUUUUGAACAUGGCACCAAAAUAUAUUUAAUAGCUAAAUGGGAGUUUAUUGACUGUUUCAGAAAUUUCUUUUUAAUUGCUUAUGAGACCUAGAGCAGAUUAACUGCUUAGACAGGUAAACAUGAAACCAACCCAAAAUGAAGUUGUAUUUCUUUUUCUUUCUUGUUUAAUUAACAAAGCCUAUUGAUGUGAAUUUAUGCAGAAUGUAAGCCUUGAUGUCAGUGGUUCAUUUUUGGACCCUGAAUGCUGGUUCAUGUGGUACGAAGUACUAGAAUUGGCCUAACAUUUUGGGAGGAAAACUUCCUGCAAAGGUUGAAAUCAGUUUUCUUGAAGAUGCCUUCGGCCUGAAUUUUUGUCCCUCCCGCCUUUAACAGUUGGACGUGGUGUGUUGUGAAACAGUUUGCGGUUCACACAUUGCCUGGGUGCAGAUUUGAAGCUUAGCAGUGUUCUCUUUUGAAUACUGCCAGCUAAAAAUCUUCCAGUGUAUCGCUAUCAUUUCAGUGAUGUUCACUGACAGACACCCAUUUCCUAUUUGUAUUGUGGGACAGUUGCAAAUGGUUUUUAUAUGUAGGUUCCUUAUACAGAAUUCAGAGGGCCAGACCCCCAGGAGAAGCCUUGACACUGCAUGCAAGGUGGCACAUGCCCUCUCCAUUGUAGUACAAGCAUGUUUUCCUUCUUUCUUUGGAGAAUUUUGUCUUUUCUGGAGCUCUAUAUUGUAAAACUUUUAAACCUCUAAAUAAAAAUACUAUUUGCAUUA